GCGACAUUUCUAACUAACUUUUGAAAAUAGGUCCCGUCGACGAUCGCCAUUCCGGCAUAGAUUUCCGGCGACAGAAUUUCCAGAAGAAAUCGCACAUCCGAGUUCUCCGGUAGAGUUGAUCGUAUACAUGAGAAGCGCUCGUGGCGGCAGAAUCUGGAAUUUCCCCAAUUAUUGUUAUUAUAGAUAUAUAUAUACACAAUUCCGAUCGAGGAUUCGGAACCGGAAUGUUCGAUAAGGUGAUUUCCCCCUGCCGGAGCCGCCGCCUCCACCGGUAUUUCCGCAACGGAAAGCUUACACUCCUCUGCCUCAUCCUGACGGUGAUUAUGUUCCGAGCGUACCUCGGCGCAGGGAGAUUCGGCACGCCGGAGAAGGAUCUGAACGAGAUCCGCCAGACGUUCGCGUACCUCCGCCGCCGCGCGGAGCCGCGGCGGAUUCUCGAAUCGGUGUCGACCGCUUCUCAAUUUCACAGUAGAGUUUACAGAUACGCCGAUUUCGACGCGGCGAGAAUCUUCAACGACGGCGACGGUGGCGGAGUUGGGGAAUUGAAGCGGAAUGAAUCUGAGCCGUACAGAUUAGGAGCGAGAAUAUCGGAUUGGGAUAAUGAACGGCUGCGAUGGCUUAGAAGGAAUCCGAAAUUCCCCAAUUUUGUUGGGAGGCGAAAACCUAGGGUUCUAUUGGUGACUGGUUCGUCCCCAAAACCAUGUGAGAAUCCAGUUGGGGAUCAUUACUUGUUGAAAUCGUUAAAAAACAAGGUUGAUUACUGCAGGCUUCAUGGUUUGGAGAUGUUCUACAAUAUGGCGUUGCUGGAUGCAGAGAUGUCUGGUUUUUGGGCGAAGCUGCCGUUGAUCCGUAAGCUUCUGGUGUCGCACCCGGAGGUGGAACUGCUAUGGUGGAUGGAUAGCGACGCCAUGUUCACUGACAUGGCCUUCGAGCUUCCAUGGGAGAGGUACAAGAACCAUAACCUCAUACUCCAUGGAUGGGAUCACAAGGUGUACGGCGAAAAGCACUGGGUCGGUUUAAACACCGGCAGUUUCUUACUACGUAACUGCCAAUGGUCGUUAGAUCUUCUCGACGUCUGGGCUCCAAUGGGCCCAGUAGGAAAAGCCCGGGAGGAAGCCGGGGAGGUCCUAACAAGGGAGCUAAAAGACCGGCCAGUUUUCGAAGCGGACGACCAAUCAGCAAUGGUGUACAUAUUAGCUACGCAACGAGAAAAAUGGAAGGACAAGGUUUAUCUAGAGAACGCGUUUUAUCUACACGGAUAUUGGGGCAUUCUCGUCGACCGGUACGAGGAAAUGAUCGAUAGCUACCACCCGGGGCUCGGGGACCAAAGGUGGCCAUUGGUGACGCACUUUGUCGGGUGCAAGCCUUGCGGCGAGUUCGGGGACUACUCGGUGGAACGGUGCUUGAAGCAAAUGAACCGCGCGUACAACUUCGGCGACAAUCAAAUCUUGCAAAUGUACGGGUUCGGACACAAGACAUUGGCGAGUCGAAGAGUGGUGCGGAUUCGGAAUGAUUCCGGUAAGCCUUUAGAGGUUGAAGAUGAGUUUGGGCUGCUUCAUCCUCCAUUUAAGUCUGUUAAGCUUAACUCUUACUAACUGUGUGUAUAUAUAUGUGUGUAUAUAUAUAUAUAUAUAUAUAUAUGAGAUUGUUAUCUGUAGAUGUGAAGGAAGGAUA